CUUCAAUAGUUUUCUUAUAAUUUUUGUUAUUGUUAAAUAGUUAACAUUGUUGCUUUAGUGAUAGCUACUUUGUUCAUGACAAUGGGUUUAACUGAAGAUGUAAAAAAAGAAUUGAUCAACCCUAAUUAUCAAUAUGGUCACUGGUUAUCGUCUCCAUUACCUGGCGAAGAAGUAGUUAUAACAGGCAUGUCCGGUCGUUUUCCGGAAUCAGAUAAUAUUUACGAGUUUCAAGAUAAUCUCUUCAGCAAAAAGGACAUGGUUACUGAAAAUGAUAAAAGGUGGAAACUUGAUCGUCACGACGUCCCAAAAAGAAGCGGCAAUAUUAAUAAUAUUAACAAAUUUGAUGCUGGAUAUUUUGGAAUACAUCCUCGUCAAGCUGAUAAUAUGGACCCAGGUUUGAGAAUUUUAAUGGAAACGGUUAUUGAAGCUGUGAUGGAUGCUGGAGUAAAUCCGUUAGAACUGAAAGGAAGCAGAACUGGUGUAUUCAUUAGUGUUGGCUGGACAGAGAUGAAAAAUACUACACUUGCCAGCAUUAAGGAACCCCAGAAGUUUGCAAUUACUGGUUACCUUAAAUCGAUGUACGCUCACCGUCUCAGCUAUAACUUGAAAUUAAAGGGACCGUCAUUUACAGUUGAGAGCGCUUGCAGCAGUUCUGGGAAUGCUUUUCACACGGCAUUUAAAUCAAUGAGAAAUGGUGAAUGCGAAAACGCAAUAGUUGCUGCCUGUAAUUUAACAUUACAUCCUACAACUACAAUUCAAUAUUUCGACCUAGGAGCCUUAGGUAAUGACGGUGCUUGUAAAGUAUUCGACCAGAAUGCUAACGGCUACGUUAGAAGCGAAGCUUGUGCAUGUCUUUUUCUUCAAAAAUCUAAGUGUGCGAAAAGAGUUUAUGCAAAAAUUAUUCAUGCAAAAGUGAGCUGUGACGGGUUUAAAAAGGAGGGAAUUACAUUUCCUUCCUCAGAAAUGCAAGCAAAGCUUUUGACAGAGAUAUAUCAAGAAAGUAAUAUUACUUUUUCAAAUGUGAGUUACUUUGAAGCCCAUGGCACUGGUACUAAAGCUGAUGAUCCUGAAGAAGUGAAAGCUAUUGACCGAGCUUUGGCAAAUAAAUGCGAAAGACAACUUCUCCUGGGUUCAUUAAAAUCAAAUAUGGGUCAUGCAGAAGCUGCAUCAGGAAUUUGUUCAAUUAUCAAAGUACUGAUUUCAAUGGAAACCGGAUUUAUACCACCUAAUAUACAUUUGAAAAGAAUUAAAAAGGGAGUGGAGGGAAUUGAACAAAACAGAAUAAAAAUUGUGACAGAAACUACUAAACUUCUAGACCAUGAAGCUGUUAUAAGUCUUAACAACUUUGGUUUUGGAGGCAACAUCUGUCACAUUUUAUUACAAAGAUUUAAAAAAGGUAAAAUCGAAGGUGGACUGCCGAAAGACGAUGUCCCUAGAUUAGUUUGUGUCAGCGGUCGAACCAAUGAGGCAGUUUUAAAAAUGUUAAACGAUGUUUCAUCCAAAAACCUAGACGAAGAAUAUAUUAGUCUCCUUCAUCAGUUGUAUAAAGUGAAUUUUCCAAAUCAUCGAUAA